AAAUACCACACAUCAGCUGGUGUUCACCAGAGGAUUGGGUACACACUGGCCUGCCAACUGAUGUAAACAAAAAUUUGAACGAUAAAAAUGGUUAAAAAGGAGAAACCGAAACGAGCUCCAUGGGUGAAGAACCUCUACUCGAACCGGGAGUAUCCCGACAACUACACAGAUGCCAGCUUUCUCAAGGAUCUCCGCACGAACUUGCACGUCAGAAUAUACACAUACCCGGAGGCGCUUGCCGGCGCCACUGUGCUGAGUAAUCAAAUAUCCUGCAUAACUGGCUUCCUUAUUCUCUACCAACUGCUGCUCAGCGAUAGAGUGACACCCACCACGAUCCUGGUGCCUAGCUGCGGAGUGACGGGGAUCGGCUAUCUCUGCUAUCGGGGCAGAAGUCUUAGCCUGGCACUCCUUGGCGAGGACUCCAAGACCCUGCUCACUGUGGUCUUUUUUGGAUACCUGUUCUCCCCCAUGCUGCACACCCUGACGCAAGCCAUCAGCACGGACACCAUCUACACGAUGACCUUCUUUGUGCUGCUAGCUAACCUUGUGUUUAGCGACUAUGGGUUGGAUGUAGCCAUGGUAUCCAAGGCCAUCUCCCUUAAUGCUGCCAUUUUUGGAGCCAUUUGCCUGGCCUCCCGCUUGCUGACGUCCUAUCAUGCGUUUGUGCUACUGGUCGAGGCCGCCGUUUAUUUUGUGCUUUAUCCGAUUAUGACGGAAGCGAGCUGGAGUCCUGUCUUCAUGGUGCCCAUCUUUGCCGUCUGCUGCUCAGCCUUGUACUGGAUAUCACAGCCCGUGCUCUACCUGUACGCCUCCACCAUAAUUUUCAUCAACUUCAUCUGCCCCUUUAUAUUUGUGAGGCUUCAGCAAUACAAGUUCAACAUUCACGGACCUUGGGACGAGGCCAUCGUCGAGGAGAACACCGACGAGAACCUGGAUGAGAACUUAUAGCGCCAGCUUUGCUUCUCACAGCAGCUGCAGCCACUGCCAGGUGGCGGCGAUGUCGGGGAGCACUUCACUGAUCAUUAACCAUUCGCACUCUAUUUUGUUGAUUGAUUGUUUUUUUAUUUACGAUUUUUUAAGAUUUAUUUUAUGCCUUUUUCUGGCUCACUUUUAUCCUGUUAUCUCUUUAUAGUUGUAGAUAGAUCUUUUAUAAAUUAUUCUAAAAUAUAUACACUAUUUUCCUAGAAUCGUAUUGGAAUGAAAACACAGAAAAGAGUUUUUUGAAUAAAAAGAAUGCAUUUAUU